AUGUGUCCUACAUGCUCCAAAAAUCGCUCAAAAGUCCUCGAAAACGCGUUCCGAGCGUUUGCGGGCGCGCGGCGGCCGAUCGAAAGUGGCUUGCGGCGCGCUGCGGUGCGCGUCGCUUCGGCUGGUGUCGCGCGUGGCUCCAGGCAUCAAGAGGGCCUUCCUUGCUUUACUGGCGGGCUCGCUACUUCGUUGUCAGACUUCCGUUUUCCUGAACUUGAGCUCUUUGUAUCCGCGGUGGCAGUUAUGCGGCUUGUAGAGGUUCUACCGGCGGUGUCUCGCGGCCCGGGCACGCUCCGAAGGGCGGCAAUCUUUGCUCGGCAUGUGCGCACGUGCUGA